GGCAAAAGGUGUUGGUGAGACCGCUUUAUCCUUAUUAAUUCCUUUCCGCACUACGCCAACUAGGGUUUGGUAUCCUUGAUUUCGGGAGUGAGGCUCGGUGGUUAUCUCCAGGAUUUGGCCGGGGACAAAAUCUUUUGAUUCCGUCUUCGUUCUCUAUCUAAGAAGGGUUUGACUUCUUUAUGAUGCCUGAAAGUUCUUCUGUUACGCAAAAUGAACUAGGGCCUGACUAUUUUGGUUACUUCAAGCAUCUAUUCUUUGAGCUGUUUCCUCAAAGUGGUGAUAGAGCUUCACCUUCUCUGCCAUCAAAUUUGGAGUCACUGUUAGGAUAUCCUAGUGGACAGGUUGAAGGCAUUGUUAGUCCAAACAAUGUUGUGGAAGAUAAAAGUUGCUAUCAUUCGGCUUCGUUCUUUACCAGAGUAAUUGGUGAAGAGCUUUCAGAAUAUAAGAAGGAGAGACUGAAGGCAAUCCUCCACCAUGCAACAGUUUGUCUUAAUCAGGAAGCUGAUGAAGUUUUUGGCUGUAUUUUAACAACUCUACUGAUCGAGUUGGAUCUGCAAGAUAAAAGGCAAUUGUCAUGUCAUUCAAGUUUCUCAAAUGAAGAGAUUUGUGAACCUCUUUGCAACAAGAAGCGAAAGUCAUCUUCUCUCGACAACUUUGGUGGCUUUUCUAAUCCUUUCGGUGUCAAUACCCAGUUUAGGACAAAGGUCUACAAUGAAAUUCAAGCUGUUAAAGGAGAUGGUGCAAUAUGUAUGGAAGCUGUGGAAAAGUACUCAGAUAAGAUAAAUGAGAAGCUUAUGGAAAUGGAGGAGAACAUUGAUGAAUAUCUGGAUAUGGUUGUCUCCAAAUGCAGACCUAUGACCAAUGCCGAGAAGCAGCAACUUGGUAGACGGAUCCAGAAGCUCCCAGGAGAGGCGCUUGGUGGUGUGGUAGAUAUCUUUCGGCAAAGGAACUCUCCGGCAACAGAUUUUCCUGAUGAUGUCUUUGUUAAUUUGGAUGAGCUGGAUAAUGUGACAUUGUGGAGGUUGUAUUUCCAUGUUCAAGCUGUUGUGAAAUCCAAAGAGCUCUGAUCCGGGUGCCAGAUUAGAGUACGAGUCGGGUGGCUGGUGCCACUUCACAAGAUGGAGUUACAGCAACAUUCGAAUAGUCAUGGUGGCAUCUUUUGCAUCCGAGUGGAUAAGAUAUCCCUGAAGGUUAAUGUGCCAUGUACCAGUUAUUGUACACUCUAUAUACAUUGAUGUAGUACAGGAAACACUCAAAAUGCAACAAUUUUGGCUGCUAAUUGUGGACAAGGUGCCAGUUCAGAGUAUUGAAGAGAAUGUAGUCAUGGUGGCAUCUUUUGCAUCCUAGUGGAUAAGAUGUUCCUGAAGGUUAAUUUGCCAUGUACCAGUUAUUGUACGCUCUAUAUACAUUGAUGUGCCAUGUACCAGUUAUUGUACGCUCUAUAUACAUUGAUGUCGUACAGGAAACACUCAAAAUGCGACAAUUUUGGCUGCUAAUUGUGGCCAACACAUGACAAAACUUUGGCUUCUAAUUAGUAGAUAUAGUGUAGAACAGUUUCGUCUCCUUUUUCUGAAUGUGUACUCGAACAACUUCGAAAUGCUAAAGUCGUGUUGUUCUAA